UUCAGCAUGUUUCGUUUUUCAUGACAUUCCCCACGUGCAAAUCAAUUGUCAACCGGUGUAAAAAAACGAAAACAUUAAGAAUUCUGCAUAUUAUGGAAGUGAUUGUGGGAACGUACGAGGAAUUCCUUCUCGGCUAUAAACUUACACCAAAUGAUGAGACCAGUUUUGUACAAUCGUUUGCAGACAAAUCGCAUGCGGGUCCUUUGAAAUGCGUGGGCGUUCAUCAGCAUUUUGUGGCUACUGGCGCCACAGAUGAUCGGAUCUUCUUAUACGACAUGCGUUCUCGCAAACAAACAAAUAUCAUCUUGUCGCACGAAGGCACUGUCAAUACCUUGGCAUUCACGCCGGAUAGCUCUCAUCUUUUAUCAGGUGGCGACGAUGGGCGCAUGGUUGCAACACGCCUAAACACUUGGGCGACAGAAGGUAAUUGGAAGGCGCAUAAAGGAUCAGGAGUUAAUCAGAUUAGUUGUCAUCCUAGUGGCAAGCUGGCAUUGUCACUUGGCGCCGAUCGUGUAUUGUGCACGUGGAAUUUGGUGAAGGGUCGAGUAGCAUAUAGAACGAAUUUGAAAAGUCGCAGCACUUUAGGAGCACAACCAGAUUGUCUUACUUGGUCACCGACUGGGAACUAUUUUACAUUGUGUGGGCCACGUACUGCUGAGAUUUGGUCAAUAAAAACGGCAGAUGUUUUACUAAGUCAAAAGACACAAGAGAAACCCAUAUCUGUCUGUUGGGUGGCAGAUGAUAUAUGUUUAAUUGGUUUGGAAAAUGGUAAAAUACUGUGGCUUGAUCCCUCAGAAGCUGAACAAGAGGAAAAUUUGAGCGAAGCGCACAGCACAAGGGUUAAAGCUAUGGCUUUCCAUAAGGGUACUUUAAUCACAGUCUCGAGCUCAGGUGAAAUGAAGGCUUGGCAAGUGAAUGUCGACCAGAAAAAAUUGACUUUACUAUGUAAAACCAACAUAGGCUGCCGGCCAACUUGCCUUAGCAUAUUGGACUUAACGCAGUUCGAAGAUAGCUAUGCAUUGAAAAACAUUUCAGACGAUGAUACUAAGAAAACAACUUCUGUGUCCAUAAAAAAAGAGAAGCCACCAGCACGUGGCGUUGUAACUAUUGAGUACGAGGAUGAUAAAAAUGGCGAAGAGAAUAACGAAAGCAGCGAAAAUGAUUCAAAUUCGUCAGAACCUGGUUGUAGUAAGGUUGAACAGAAAUCACGAAAACGUAAAGCGAAUAAUGUGGAAGAGAAAAAACCUAAACAAGAAAAGAAAAAACUAAAACAAAAAGAAGUGUUGCACAAAAAGCAAAGAAAUAAAAAUAAAUAAUAUAUUACAAUUAAA